AUGGGAUCUGAGACUUCACCACCACUAGGCCCGAAGCCCAAAUCCGCAAUUCCUUCCUAUUUGAUUAAUGGAGGUGUUUCGGAUCGUAUGCCGAGCAGAAAACGAGAGAGAGACAGCCUCAAUUCGUCUAUACAAACUUCAUUUGCGCGAACACAGAUUUCUGACGAAGAGAUCCGGGACAACGGCAUCUCACUACCGAUACGGACCACCGUGACCGAUGCCAUUGAAAGUAGGGACAGUGGCCGCGGUCUAAGCAAACAGCUUGAUGGCAGCACAGAUGCGAAGCGAAACAUCAGCGAGCCCCCACGAGAUCCAAGAGACCACAUGGUCCCCACUCCACUUCUCAGUCGACCUGCGAGCCCAUACACCCUAAAUCCGCCAAUAGAUUUCGACGGGCUCAGCUGGCCUAGUAUUGGAACCAGAGCGCGACUCGAGUCUACUCCUGAAGAGACAGAACAAAGAAUUCAAAAGCUUGCAGGCGCUGUGAGGACUAUAUUUGAAUGCAUUGGCGAAGAUCCAGAACGUGAAGGAUUGCUUGGAACCCCAGAGCGAUAUGCCAAGGCAAUGCUUUAUUUUACCAAGGGAUAUGAGGAGAAUGUUCGGGAUCUAGUUAAUGGCGCUGUAUUCCAUGAAGACCAUGAUGAGCUUGUCAUUGUGAAAGAUAUUGAAGUGUUUUCGCUAUGCGAGCACCACAUGGUUCCGUUCACAGGAAAGAUGCAUAUUGGCUAUAUCCCCGAUAGAAGGGUCCUUGGCUUGUCCAAACUUGCUCGUCUAGCGGAGAUGUUCUCUCGACGUCUCCAGGUUCAAGAACGAUUAACAAAGCAAGUCGCAUUGGCGAUUGCCGAAGUGCUGAAACCCCAAGGCGUUGCCGUUGUUAUGGAGUCAAGCCAUCUCUGCAUGGUGAUGCGGGGAGUCCAGAAAACCGGUAGCACCACUACUACCAGCUGCAUGCUCGGUUGCAUGAGGUCAAGCGCGAAGACCCGGGAAGAAUUUCUGAGCCUGCUAAACCGCAAAUGA